GUUUUUGCGUUUAAAAUUCAACAGUCUGUAUGUAAAAUUAAUAACAGAGGAAUUAAAAUUAAGUUAACGAUCGAUCUUCAUAUUAACGAUCAGGCUGAUUCUUUUAAUGUGUUUUUGUCUGGAAUUUAGUUGAAUUGCUCUACUCAUGCUUAAUUUUCUUUAAAUUAUUUUUUGUGUGUGAAAAUUGUGAUUAAUUUUAUAAUUUUUGUGAUUAGGUUUGUUCGAUUUGAUGUGAUGGAUAUCGAUAAAAUUGAGUCGUAUUCGAAGGGGAAAACAAAAGUGGACGACUAUAACGCGUUGCAGCAACAAAUUGUUAAGGAUAGUUUAUCUUGUGAUAGUGGAGUUUCGGUUAGUGUGGAGGGAUCAGUUGAUAGUAAUGAUCAUAUGAAGGUUGACUUGAACAAUGUUAAUAGUUCCAAUUCUGAUAUUUCGUAUCGUGAUAAUGAUGAUGUGACUUUUGAUGGCGGUGAUGAUUACGCUGAUGAGGAUGAUGUUGAUGAGGAGGAUUGUGAGGAUGACGAUGAUUUUGAGUACUUAUAUGAAGAAGAAGAGGAUGAUUAUUUGGCUAUUCAGUCUCAAUUUGAUAAUGUGGAUCUUCCGACUGGAGUUGAGGCAUCAAUUGAUUGGCUGAAGGAACCUGCUACUUCCACGUCUGGUACAGGCAUUUUAACUGCUGCAGAUUCCUCUGAUGGCAAGCGGAAGUCUACUAUUCUUGAUGUUGUCGAAACAAAAAGGAAGGCAACUGAAGGUCAAGGAGCUACUACAUCGUGUAAUAGUGCAGCUACUGCAGAAUCAAGCUCUAAUAGUGAACCAGUUGGUAACAAUGAAAAUGUGAUCAUUCGAAAAUUUAAGAACUUUAAACAAUUUGAUACGGUGGAAGACGUCUCAGAUCAUCACUUUAGCAAAAUGGACUUGUCCAAUAAACAGUCCCCUAAUCCUAAGAAUUGGGCAAAGAUAAUUCAAGAGGAAUGGAAGAUUCUGGAGAAGGACCUACCUGAUACAAUAUCUGUUAGAGUAUAUGAAUCAAGGAUGGAUCUUUUGAGGGCUGUUAUAGUAGGACCUGCCGGUACUCCUUAUCACGAUGGCCUUUUUGUCUUCGACUGUCUCUUCCCAUCUACUUAUCCCAAUACAUCACCUACUGUGUAUUAUUAUUCUGGUGGACUUCGCUUAAAUCCAAAUUUAUAUGAAUGUGGGAAAGUUUGUCUUAGUCUAUUGGGGACAUGGAGCGGACAGCAAAAUGAGAUGUGGAUUCCAGGGACAUCAACAAUGCUUCAAGUAUUGGUAUCUAUUCAAGCUCUCAUUUUGAAUGCAAAACCCUUCUUCAACGAGCCCGGGCAUGAAUCAAGUUUUCAAGGUAAGAAUGGCGAUAGGCGAUCCAGGGAAUAUAGUGAGAAUGCGUUUAUCUUAUCUUUGAAGACAAUGAUGUACACAAUCCGACGACCACCUAAGUAUUUUGAAGACUAUGUCAUUGGUCACUUCCACAUCCGUGCUCAUGAUAUUCUGGUAGCAUGCAAAGCCUAUUUGGAUGGUGCUACAGUCGGUACUGUUACAGUUAGAGACGGAGUAGCUAUUAUCGAUGAAGCAGAAAGGAGUGGCUCUGAUGAUUUUAAAGUAACUCUAAAGAAGAUAUUAAAUUCUAUUAUCACAAACUUUACUAGAUUUGGGGAAAUAGAUUGCGAGAAGUUUCGGGUCCAUGACUGAAAAAUAACAGUGAACAAACUGACAGCAGAUGAAGAAGGGUGCGCUGGUGUCUCAAAGCCAACUGUAAGUAUGAUCAUCGUUUCUCAUCAAACAAUAACAGAUCUUACUGGAUUGCCAGUUUAAGAAUAAUUUUUGCUUUUUAAUUUUUUUAGAUUCUAGGGCGAUGUUGAUAUUACAGUGUUAAUGACUUGAGGGGUCGUAAAUUCUGCUUACUUUUAAAUAAAUUCUUUUGGCUGUCUUGUGUAUAUAUAUACCGGAAAAAAUUCAACAUAAACAGUAGAGAGUAUGCUUGUUUUUUGGUUUA